CGGAAAUAGUCGGGACAGUAACUUAUUUCAUUUGAAUGUUUUGUAUAUAUGUCUUAUGGCAAAGUGCUUCGUGUAUUUCGAUCUGUUUUUCCUGUUUCUAGCAUGUCUUGGAGUGUGUUUGUGCCAGUGCAAAGAUAUCCGACAUUCCUCGGAUGACGACCUCUUGUUACCCUACACCAAAUCCCACGGUCCAUCUCAUUCCCACCGCUACGUGAGGGACUGCCAGCCUGUCGCCCACGGCACUGUAACCCAUGAAACCCAGGCAGCAAGCAAACACUCCAACUCGCCAGUGUUGGAGUCGAAUAUAUUCAUCUCGGACAUCACAGACGACUCUGGCACUCACAGAUGGGUGAGCGGGCACAUCACAGAGGUGCACGACCCACUAAGAUCAGUGUCGGUUCUUGAACCAGGAGGCCCUGGAGGAUGCGCGCACAAUCACAGAGAGCUGGUGGAGGUCACUGCCAAAACUAGAAAGUGCCUGGUUGCCCAGAACGGAGGUUACUUUGACACUCAUACCGGACAGUGUUUAGGGAAUAUCAUAAGUGAUGGGAAACUGGUGAGGAACAGCGGAGGAAUUCAAAACGCUCAGUUUGGCAUCAGAAAAGAUGGGACACUGGUGUUUGGUUACCUGUCAGAGGAUGACAUUCUAGAUCAGGAAAACCCCUUUGUGCAGUUGAUCAGUGGUGUGGUGUGGCUGCUGAGAAAGGGUGAGAUCUACAUCAAUGAAAGCAUCCAGGCAGAAUGUGACAAAACACAGGAGACCGGAAAUUUUAGGCACUUUGUGGAUGUAAUAUCAGCCCGUACGGCAGUCGGUCACGAUAAGGAGGGAAAACUGAUCCUCUUCCACGUCGAUGGUCAGACGGAUGUACGAGGGAUGAACCUCUGGCAGGUGGCAAAGUUUCUAAAGGAUCAGAAUGUCAUGAACGCUAUUAAUCUGGAUGGAGGCGGAUCAGCUACUUAUGUCCUCAACGGAUCCCUGGCUAGCUACCCUUCAGACCACUGCAACCCUUCAAAGUGGCGCUGCCCGCGGGCCAUAUCCACUGUGCUGUGUAUUCACGAGAGACUGUGCCAGCCGGAGGACUGCAGUGGGCAUGGGCGAUGUGUGGAGGGCCAGUGUGUGUGUCAGCAUGGCUGGAGCACGCCUGGAUGUGCCAAUCUUACAUGCCAGGCUGAAUGUGGAGAACACGGGAUCUGUACUGAGAACGGGUGUGUUUGCGAUGCUGGAUGGAUGGGUUUAUACUGCAGCCAAGUAUGCACAGCAGGUUUGUAUGGCGAUGGCUGCAAUCAGACAUGCACAUGCGCAAAUGGAGGCUCAUGUGAUCCUGUCCACGGCCGUUGCACCUGUCCUGCUGGCUUCCAUGGAGACUCCUGUGAGCAGGAAUGCCCCAUUGGUUUCUAUGGGCUGAAUUGUAAGCAGCUUUGCCAGUGCCAGGACAUGUGCCCAUGUGACGCCGCCACUGGAAGCUGCAACACCACAUACCAGGGAGAGAGAAACAUCAGCCUUCACAGAGCUGGUCACUGCUUGGCUACCCAGAUGUGGAGGGAAUGGAGACAAGAGGAGGAAGCUCAGGCUCCCAGACCCUAUUUAUCAGAACAAAGCUGGCUGGUUGUCUGCUCAAUCCUGGCAACGUCGCUGCUGGCCAGCCUCACUGGUAACCUUAUCCAGACGUGCAGAAAAUGCAAAGCGCGCAGGCAGAGGGCGGACUACUCCUACUUGCCGCUAGGAGAGAUCAACGGGGCCACAGAGCGAGGAGAGAUGAAGUCUGGGAAAGUUCUGUUUCAGCAAGGGGACUCGGAUUCGCAAGACUCUUCAUGAUGUGUUUGGAAAUGCAUGCAUGAGCGCGGGUUCAUGCAAGUGUGCCAUCCAGCAGAGCAGAGCAGCACAAGCUCUCAUUAGUCUGGGGUUUGUUUGCUCACGCUGGGAAUCUAUGAGCUUUUGGAAAGGCGUAGGAUCGGCGUGUUCAAGUAGACAAUGAGAUGGGCGUUAGUGUCCAAACAGCUGUCUGCGCGCUCACAUUCACCCCUGCUGAGCCUGUAGACGCCAGCCAACUCUGUUCAUAACAUGCCAAGUGCCCUGAUUGUGCAGUUUGGACACUUUCAAAUGAGCUGCUAGCGAUGUAAGAACCAGUUUUUCAUGUAUGUGUAAAAUAGUUUUUCAUUGACCUCAAAGAAGUCUUUCAUUUUGGUCUUGAGGCGAGAUCCAGGAAAAAAAAUAAAGAGCAAUAUCACCACAAAGCCUUUUUUGUUGAGAUAACGACAGUUGUUCCACCUGUUUCCAUAGGAAUAGACUACUUUUGAACUAUGAACUUUUUUGGCACAAUCCUUCCUGCAGGAACUUGCUGAACUGCUAUUUUGAAACACAGAUUUAUUGAAUGUUUUUUUUUUUUGCUCUUCAGAGGUCAUUCAGUUCAUUUUGAUUGCACCGUCAGCCUUUUCGUUUCUAUAAACUGUCAGCCUUAUCAGG